GGGGGCAGGAACUCAAAAAAAAAGUAUCCUGGAAGGUCGGUUUCGUAGCGAAAAGGCGAGAAAUGUGUGGGAUAUUUGGAUUAAAUCACGAACAAGAGCUCAGUUUUGUGUUUUCAGGGAAUUAAGGAACGUUUCUGAGAGUUGGCACGGAACUUCCUGUUUCAAAACUCAGUGGUGGCAGAGAAGAAGAAAAAAAAAAGAACGAGAAAAACACGCUCAGAUGUGGGACAAGACUUAAAUCAAUCCUGCUGCAAGUUUGGCUUCUUGUUAUUAUUAUCAUUAUUAUUAUUAUUUUAUUUUGGACACUGAAACUGGGGAAGGUGCUCGACUUUUCUUGUGCUUUGUGCAUGUCUCAGGCUGUGAGUUUUGCUUUUUUUUGUGCGUUUUCCUGCCAUUCUUCUCUGCGCUUCCUGCUCAGACUGACCGCAAGCGCUUCACGACUAAAAAUACUCCCCAUGGCCGGAGAAAUGGACUUUCUGGUGUUGUAAAACCCUCAGGAUACAUCCUAAUAUACAUGUAUGUAUACAGCUUAUUCUUUGGAGGAGUAGUUUUUGUGUUUGCGCAUCCCGGAGCAGCCAAGUUGCGCUGGUUUUAUUGGAAACCGACUUGCUCAAAUGUCGUGAAUUCAAUCCAUUUCCUGUUCUUCACAUCAUGAGAUUGUUCUUGCUUGCUGUUUGAAGCAGAUCUCAAGCUGGCGUUGAUGGAGUGCUCAGGCUUUGCGCUCACAUCCACCCUUUCCAUGCUCAUGGAGAGCCGUGCGCUCCAUGUGUCCCGCUGCUGUGCGCUUUUUCAUGGUUAACUUGCGCUUGGGUUUGGAGGACACACAAGAGCGCACCAGUCCCUCUCCAUGAUCCUCACGGACAGGCUGGAAACGGGUGAGAGGAGCCGGAGAGUCUGUACAUUUGGAUCGUUUUCCAAUCCCAAGUGUUUGGAUCCGUGCGUAAAGAGGAAGAAGAAGAAGAAGAGGAAGAAGAAGAAGCGCCAUGGAGCCUUUGAAGAACAUAUUUACGCGCGGCACGCUGUCCCCCUGGAAAAAUCUGGAGCAAUCCCAGAAAGGGAACUUCACCAACCCGGUGUUGACAGCCCUCUUUGAUUAUGAGGCGUCCGGGAAGGACGAGCUCACCCUGCGCAAAGGCGACGUCGUGGAAGUUCUGUCUUUAGACUCGGAAAUUUCCGGGGAUGAAGGCUGGUGGGCUGGAAAGGUCAACAACAAGGUGGGAAUCUUCCCUUCCAAUUACGUCUCGCUCAAACCCAGCGGAUAUGGAAAGAUCCCGGGUUCCAGCGUGGCGGGUGAACUCGGGCCGGCAGUGGAGCUGCAGUUCGAACCAGAGGUCGUGGAUUUCCGGGAGCUCAGUCUGCAAGAGGUGAUCGGGGUCGGCGGGUUUGGGAAGGUCUACCGAGGCACUUGGAGAGGGGAACUCGUAGCGGUGAAGGCGGCGCGCCAGGACCCGGACGAGGACAUCAGCGUGACGGCGCAGAACGUGCGCAACGAGGCCCGCCUCUUCGCCAUGCUCACGCACCCCAACAUCAUCGCUCUUAAAGGGGUGUGCUUGCAGGAGCCGAACCUGUGCUUGAUCAUGGAGUAUGCGUCCGGCGGACCUCUGAGCCGGGCGCUGGCCGGGAGACGCAUCGCACCACACGUGCUGGUCAACUGGGCCGUGCAGAUCGCCAGAGGCAUGCUGUACCUUCACAGCGAGGCUAUAGUCACCGUCAUUCACCGAGACCUCAAAUCAAAUAAUAUCCUCCUGGCCCAGCCGAUAGAGAAGAAUGGGAUGGAGGGAAACACUCUGAAGAUCACGGAUUUCGGAUUGGCGCGAGAGUGGCAGAAAACCACCAAGAUGAGCACAGCGGGGACCUACGCCUGGAUGGCACCCGAGGUCAUCAAAUCCUCCACCUUCUCCAAGGGCAGCGACGUGUGGAGCUAUGGAGUUUUAUUGUGGGAGUUGCUCACAGGCGAGGCUCCGUACAGAGGGAUUGAUGGUCUGGCUGUGGCCUACGGAGUGGCAGUAAAUAAACUGACUCUGCCCAUCCCCUCCACCUGCCCCGAACCCUUCGCCCAACUUAUGUCAGGGUGUUGGGAUCAGGACCCCCACCGCAGGCCGAGCUUUGCCUCCAUCUUGGCUCAGCUGUGUGCUUUAGAGCAGCAGGUGAUGGAAGAGAUGCCUCAAGACUCCUUCCACUCCCUGCAGGACGACUGGAGACUGGAGAUCCAGGGCAUGUUCGACGAGCUGCGUGCUAAGGAAAAGGAGCUGCGGUGUCGUGAAGAGGAGCUGAAGCGUGCAGCUCUGGAGCAGAAGUCUCACGAGGAGUUUCUGCGUCUGCGAGAGCAGCAGUUGGCCCAGUGGGAGCAGGAUGUGUUCGAGAGGGAGCUCUCACUCCUCAUCCUCCACCUAAACCAAAACCAGGAGAAACCCAAUGUCAAGAAGCGCAAAGGGACAUUCAAGAAGCACAAGCUCAAAUGCAAGAACGGGGAGAAGAUCAGUAUGCCACAAGAUUUUAUCCAUAAAAUCACAGUGCAGGCUUCUCCUGGGUUGGAGAAGAGACGGAAUUCCCCAGAUUUGGGUUCUCCUUCCAUCGGUCCACGUUUCCGUGCCAUCCAACUGAGCCCCAGUGAAAGUAAGUGGAGCUCGGUGUGGCCGCUGGAAACGCUUCCUCUGAAGGCUAAUGGUGAGAGGAGACUCGCCCCUCACUGGAGCCCCCAAAGCCCCAAAAGCCCCAAGAGCCCCAAAGUGCAGCGUCUGUGUCCACAGGAGAGCGGUCUGUCCAUGAGAGCUCGGCUAUUGGCUUUGGACAGCAACGAGAACGGAGACUCCAAAGAUGACUUCGAGGAGUACAGACCCACCACACCUGAGCCAAGCCAAAAUGGCUCUAACUUGGUAAAGGAACCUUCUUGGACAGCUCUUCCAGAAGAGGACUCCGGGAGUGAAGAGGGAUAUUUGUCCCCUCGUAGUUCGCCAAACCUAGACUGUCGGUCCAGUGUUCCCCCACAUACUAAAAGCACUCACCGAGCUUUGCUUAGUAGUGCCACUCUUCUCGCCUCCGUGGCUCUGGGACGCCAUCUGGAGCCCCAGCACCCACCAACACCCCCUCCACGAACUGCCCAUAGAACUAAUGUUCCUGCUCUGGAGUUCGGGCGAGAACACCCCCCACUGGCUGUGGUGGACUUAUCCACGGAUCCCACCUUGGUCGGGGACCUUAUCACAUUUAGUACAGACUCUCUGCCCCAAGAGCUUCUUGACUCCUCACUGAAGCCCCCAGAGAAUAAGCCGUUACCGUUGACCCCGCCUCCUCCGAACCCAAGAGAGAGAGACAGGUCAAGCCGAAAGACUGUCCAGCAUAGCUCUGCUGAGUGGAUCGCUAAUGGAGAGACAGAGAGUGAGAGUAUGAACCAGACUGGAGACAGAAGGAGAAGAUCCAGUCACGGACUUUCCUCGCAACUAGUGUUGGAUCUACCAUUUUGUCAAGAUACUAUGGAAGCAGAUGAGAAAUCCCCGGUCCCAUUUGCUCUCUACCCCGAUCCUCGUCUUUGGAGCCCUAAAACACGGCGCCUGGAGGUAAACAUCAUACCGCGACCUCGGCCGUCUCCUAACCGACCCCGGAUAGAUCCCUGGAGCUUCAUUUCAGCUGGCGGGAAGGAAACAUGCAGCUCGCCGCAUGCCAUUUCAACCAGCAGCCCCACAAGUCCACGACUGGGGUACAGACCCUCGCCUACCAACCCGUUCACGAAUUGUGACCCCUUCCCCUCCCCUGACUGCGAUCCCUUCAGUCUCAAGGCUGACCCAUCGAUAAACUCCGAUCUUCCUUCGCCGUUUGAUCCCUUCUCUGCCCCCUUUCCCAUUUCCCGCUCUGCACCAUGUUCCACCAACGGGAGUCCCAACCUCUCUCUCAGGGUUGCCCCAUUGAACCCUGCUGACUCCCCAUUCAUAGACCUGGGUUGGGCAGGGGUCAACAAGCCCAUAGGUGUUGCCAAAGAGAAAGUUUUCCCGAGAAAGACUCUGGGUCUUAGUCCCUUCAAGUCGCCAACGAAACAAAGCGACGACAUAUUCUGAGCUUCUAAGGGAAGCCACGCAUUUACCAGUUCGAAUUCACACAAAACAUAGCCCAUAAGGAGUAAUUGCUCCCAGUAUUUGGUGCUUUGGAGUUGUUUGUGUUCCUCUGAAAAGCUUCAGACUAUCCAAGUGUUGGAUUCUAAGUUUUGCCUUUGAAAAAAGGAAGCUCAUGUUAUUUGAAAUUUUAUGAUGUGGCAUAUUUUCUUCAAUCAACAUCGAUCACUAUUCCAGAUUUAUGAGUCUUCCAGAACCAGAGCAUUUUCGAUCUGACAUUAUUAGCAUUGUGACUUAUGGAAUAUGCAUUGCAUUACUUUAAGUGCCUUUUUCUGUUAUCUCAAUUAGGGCAAUGUCUGUUUCAGCUAAUGAGUAGUUAAGAGUUAUGCCAUGGCUAUGACUUUGGUUUUGUCAUCAGCUGUUUAAGCAUUUUUAGAUGAUCCAAUUCUAAUAUGCCUGUCUUGAGUUCAGCAAGGUUCCUUUAAGUCUGCUUCUCUCUGCACACGGAGUAGAGUCUGUAUAAACAGUUAAGCUGUUGAUUUCAGUACACAGUGUUGACAGGAUCUAAAUUUCUCUCUUUCAUGGAGCGACUGUUCAAGUCUGGUAGAUAAAGCUUGUAAAGGAGAACAAGACAAACUUGCUGAUCAUUCCAUACACAUACCAAAGAAUGAGAAAAAGCUCAGGCCACCACAUAGCAUCACCAUCAACUCGUCACAGCUACUCGUAGCAAAAUGUACAUUAGCAUACCAAGUUAAUUCCCUCAAAAUGGAUCAGUCACCCUUUAGAAAACGUCACUUAAUUUUCUGAGCAAAAGCUAACAGAUAUAGAACUGUGUACAAUUUUGAGGGCCCAAAUUCCAUACGUUAGUAGUGCUUGAGGGAUUGUUAUAGCUCAUCAGCUCUUUCGACAAAAUAUUCACAGCAAAGAACUGUCCACUAAUUGAACUGGAAAUCUGUAGCUAAUAGAUUUCAUCCUGAGUGGCUUGAGUUACAGCACAUGCCACCACAGCAUGGUUUUCAUUGCAACUAAACCACUAAGUGGUUUUCAGUUGAUGAAGGCGGCACAAGAUCAGAGAAUAUUACAGAAAAGGAAACACAGCUCAGUUACUUAGGCCAGACUUGCUUCUCCUAAUUCGAACCACAAGAGAUGGUGCCCUUGUUUUUUAAACUACUGAGAAACGUGUGUAGCAAUGUAUAAGGCAGGCCAUCUACCUCCCUUGUGAAUAAAGUGCAUGUACUGUACUAAAAAUUUCUGAUAACGUAAUCUACAAAAUGUCUAUGCGAGCCCAGCAUGACAGGGUUUGACUUAAACCAACUCUUCAACCUAUAUGACACAUAUAUCCUCACAUUUACCACAUAGAGUUUCUAAUGAUAAUUACAAACGUUUCUAUCCAGUUACACCUAAUCCAAAUUGGCCCUUUAUCUCCAAGGCACCAUGUAAUCAACAGCGCUACGAUCCUGCUUCAAUCCAAGCACAGAAAUUGCAACGCCUUCAUCCGAGUCUGGAGAAAAAUCUGUUAGGAACACCAAAGGAUCCCUGGAGGCUUUGACUGCUGUUCUAAAAAGAGUACAGAAAGUGCAUUCAUUGUGCAAAAUUGUAUCCGUACAGGCACGCAGAAAUCCCACACCAUCAGCGUUAACUUACUGUCACAGCUGCUUGCUGUCAAAGGCUACAUAGUCUCAGAGAGAUGAAAAGUGUUCAUAAUACUAAAAAAGUGACUACUUCUGAAUUUUCAUGCCUGGUGGAAAGUAACAUCAUAAACCCAAGCUUGUACUCUUCUUUACUUUUGCAAUGGAGCUAUGAGGCUGAUGUAACUAAAACAUAAUGGAUCUCUGUCUCACCCAAAAUAUUUCCAUAAAUACAUAAUACAUAUACUUGAUUAAAAUGACAAUUUGGUCAGUAAUUGAUUUUUUUUUUAAUUAGAAGGGAUAGUUUGUAGUAGACGGCAUAUUACGACAAUGUGUCACUUUCAGACUUUGGGAGGCGGAGCCUAGCAGGGCAGCAGGAGACCAAAUGAUGAGAAAAUAAGUGAUUCCAAUUUAGCAAUAUGAUUGCCUGUGUCAAAUAACAGCUUCUGGCUGUGACAGUUUGUUAAUUUUUUUUUUUUUAUAUACAUGGCAGCCAGUUUACUAAACAAAAGCAAGUCUAAUACUGAAGAACUAGAUGAAGUUAGAGACAAAUUGAAGCAGUUAGCUACAUUACCCUUUGUAGCUCCAGUGCAAAAUAAGCAAACAUUACUGGUCCCACCCCGAAGUUGAUCAUUUUCGAAUGAGCGAAGCUUUACCCUGAAGACAUCCCUGUAUAAGAAAUCAUCUAAUUACAACUUUUCCUCUGACUUUUACAAAGAAUUGACACUGGAGACUCCUCCCAAAAAUGCUUAAAAAGCUUAGUAAGGACCUUUUUAAAAAAAUCAGUGGAGCGUUCACUAUACAAGUCGUUGUGGCUGCUCGCUCGUAACUACUGUCAGAGCUGCUGAUUUAGAAAAUGACUCAAUGAGAAUUCAACAGCGCUGUGGGUUAACACUAUGGUGUUUUUUUUAAAAACUUGAGAUAGACAUUAUGCCCUCCAAAACCUCCUAUUCAAAAUGAUCCUUCAGCAUUUUUUUUUUUUACUUUAUGCCUUUGGGUUUUUAAAGGGUUAGUACUGUGGCCAUUUCACUACCAUAGAUAUUGUGAGGGUUGGUUUUUGGUUUCUUGUCUUCAUUUCUAAGAUGAGUGGUCAUUCAACCAAACAAAAUUGGACUGUUUAUAUUAAGGUUAUAUUGAAGGCCUCUAUCAUUAUAUCUAGGAUACAUUCUCUAUCCAACAACAUUGUAGGUUUGUAUGAAGCACCAACAAGAAAAUUGUCUUUUUUUCCUUUUAUAGUAAAUUUCAGAUCUCUGAAUCCUACAUUAAUUCCUCAUGGUGCUCAGCACAUUUAUACCAGGAUUCUAUAUCUUUUUUUAAAUCAGCAGUCCAUCUUUUUUUGACUCCAGACUGAUAUUUCACCAUCCUCAACUCUUAUAGAAAAUUGAUUAUUCCUGAAAUGCCUAGCUUUAGCACACACUGUCUGACAGAUAUGCUACAAUGACAUACCAGAUCAAUAAGGCUUUGAGGUAAUUAGCCAUUAUGGUAGCUUUAGCAGUGACAAGGGUGCAGUGCCUAUCACUGCCUUGAACUAGAGAUCGAAACUGGUCAAGAAUCAUGAAAAAAAAAUCAUCUCUACUGUUGUUUAAAACAGUAAUCGACUAUGUAACUGUAUUAAAAUGUUCCAAAAUUUGGCCAAUACUGAAAGUUUAGACAAAACUCUAAUAUUAGGAAUUGUAGCUAGCUAGGAAGACAAGAUAACCAGAAGUUAGCAUGACAGACUGAGGGGCAGAGGUUAAAUUACCUUUCUCCUUAAUGAAGCUGUAUGUGCGGCAGUCUGGGAAAACCUGAGAGGUGUCAAUGUGGCUGAAUUCUGGCAAAAAAAAAAAAGUGAAAAAUCCUGUUAGUCAGAGUUUUUUUUUUUUCCCUUAUAACAGAUUUGACACCUCAACUUUAAGAAACCAAAACAAUGUAGAAAUGUUUUUAUUGACUUUUUAUUCUUAUCUUGGCAUGUUAAAACCUUGCUAGAUGAUUAUGAUUUCCUCACACGGUGAAUGUCAGGCUUUGAUCAAGUUGUUUGAUAGCUAUGGACCCAAUCAGUGCCGUUUAUGAUUGCAGGCUGGCUGUCAGAAAAGCAGUCAGAAUGAAAUCUUUAAAUGUAGUUUUCUCCCUUUUCACUUUUGGGGUGGUAACCAGAUUUUAAAACGUUGGGCCUUUACUUCUUGUUGAGAUACAAGCUAAAGAGAAGCCUCAGGAAAGCCUGUAUAUAGUUUUCUCAGGCCACUACACAUAUAUACACACAAUUACUUUAAUUUACACAAUAUAUGCACAAUUUCCAAUUGUGCAUAUAACAAAAAUUACAAUUUCAAAAAAUACAAUUUCUAUACCAGCUAUUUCCAGUCACUGAAUCCUCUAGCUAUUAUUUCGGUGUGGUCUCUAGAACAUGAGCAUGAAUCGCCUUUGAUUUUGCAUGCAUUUUCCAAAGUCAACAUCUGCUGGGCUCGUUUUAGUGAUAAUGUUUAAUCCUCAAGUUGAUCAUCCGGCCUUGGGAAUCUGUUUUUAAAAUGGCUACUCUUGAAUGCUAGUCAGGAUCUCUAGGUCACACUGAACAGCUGCGCUCACGCCCGAAAGCCCAGCGGCCAUUCAUCAUAACUGUCAUAUGAGCCAUCAUUAGCAAGUUCUCAUUUAUCAGCACCACCAUGUCCUCUUUUUUUCAACUGCUGUUUUAUCAUCGAGUUUUUUUAUUUCCCCUCUUUCGACUUGUCAGUGGUGGAUUUAAUCUGUAAGAUACUGUAUGUAGUUGUUCAGAAGACACUUAUCAUGUACUAUCAUUUCUUGUGCCAAAGAAACUUUGUAACCUGCUUCUAAGCCAUUUAGGUCGAGGGAGUGUCUUGGGCUGUUGUUUUAAACAUAGCAAUUAGCAUUGGAAAUAACAUCAUUAGACUAAUUGUGUAUGUGUUUUAUGCUUAUGCUGUGUGCUAAUGCUGUUCCAUCUGCUUCCUCAGUAAAUAGGCUAAACUGUAUUUUGUGCUAAGCACAAUCAGCUUCGACAGAGUAACUAGUACUGUGCAUAACUCCCCUGUGAGAGAAAAAGAUUUUUUUAAAAAAAAGAGAUAUACUUAUAUUUAUUAAGGCCUUUCAGACACUGGAUUAAAGAUAUUUUAAUGGGCCAGAGACAGAGUCCUCAUCAGGAUGCAUUGUGUAUUGUAUUUUACGUCACUGGAGUGUGUGAUGGAGAUGUAUGGGUGCUGCAAAGGGACAAAUCAGUCUAAUCUACAAACUCAUACUUAACGAUCAUUCAUAGUCAAUUACAGACUGACUUUUUGGAUGACCAGCUUUUUUUUUUUACUUUAUAUUUUUCUCCAUUCUAUUGUUAGUAAAUGACUCAGAAGAAGACAAAAAAACAAAAACACUUCAAAUGGAUACAAGUGCUUUUGGACUUUUGCUCUUCUGAGAAUACUGCUUGCUUUUGUUUAAUUCAUUCUUUUUAAUACUAGACUUUUAUGAUAUUCCAUUUUGUGGCACCUGAAUAAGAUUUUAUGUUGUCCAUCCUUCCUAUUGUUUGAUUUCCACUGGGCUUUGUGACGUUGCCUUUUUUGUGAUUGCGAAAUGACAUACUGGGCUGGGCCUAAUCAUUAUAUGACUUGGUGUUUCAGAGAGUCUAUGUUUUUAUGUAUCUACAAAUGUGCUCAAGUGUGUUUUGCCUCUUGUAAUGUUUUAACCUGUGGAACGUUUAAAAAAAAAAAAAAGAAAAGAAAAAAAAAAAAAAAAAAAAAGGAGAGUAAAUGAGACCAAAUAAAAUUUAACACAACUUUAAAAA